AUGGACAAGCCCUUGAAAGGGCAGUCCGCCAAUGCCGUCCCCGAUGCAGGACUGAGGAGUCUGAAUCACUACAAAAUGAUCCUACCGACCUGGCGAUACAACCUCCGACAGAGUAUUCUACCACUGAUCCGAUGGGAGACCCCCUACCUGGCCUGGCUACAAGACAAGGCCCGCAGCCCCGCGCUGGACAGUUACUUCGCCAUUACCGCAAACCUGGGCACACAUACAUUCUUCAUGGUCAUGCUGCCCAUUCUGUUUUGGUGCGGGUCUCCUUCGUUCGGCAAAGGACUCGUUCAUAUUCUUGCCUCGGGCGUCUUCUUCACGGGCUUCGUCAAGGACCUCUUCUCCCUCCCCAGACCACUAUCGCCACCUCUCCAACGAAUUACAAUGUCGGGUUCUGCCGCUCUCGAAUACGGAUUCCCUUCCACCCAUAGCGCCAAUGCCGUCUCCGUUGCUGUGUACUCCAUCCUGCUCCUCCGCAGCCCCGGGAACACCAUGUCCGAUACGACGAAGCUGCUGCUGGAGGGGGUCUCUUAUUUCUAUGCCUUGUCCAUCGUGGUGGGCCGUCUGUAUUGUGGUAUGCAUGGCUUUUUGGACGUCAUAGUCGGUUCCAUUCUCGGCGCCGCCAUUGGCCUGGUCGAGUUCUACUACGGGCCCCCGCUCGACGCGUACAUGCACGCUAGUUCGUGGGUGGCGCCUGUGCUGGCGGCCCUGGUCAUCAUCGUUCUUGUCCGCAUCCACCCGGAACCGGCGGACGACUGUCCCUGCUUCGACGACAGCGUGGCCUUCGCCGGCGUCGUCAUCGGCCUCGAGUUCGGCACCUGGAGUUAUGGGCGCAUACCGGGUGACCCCUUCGAUACCAACGCGCACGGCGUGAGGUCGCAGGACAUCGCCGCCUUCGGCCCCGUCGUCUUCAUCGCCCGGAUAAUUUUCGGCGUCGCCAUCGUCUUCGCCUGGCGGGAGGUCAUGAAGCCCACGCUCCUCCGGGCCCUGCCGCACCUUUUCCGCCUCAUCGAGCGCGCGGGGCUCUCGCUGCCGCGUCGGUUUUUCAAGCGCGCCUCCGAAUACAAGUUCGUCCCGCCCGGUUCGCGCAUGGACACGCUCCUCCCGUCGAUGCGGGACCUGCCCCGGGCCGUCGAGUCGAUCCGCAACCCGACGAAGCGAGGGCGUUCCGUCUCCAUAGGGCCGCAGAGCGCCGCGGACGCUUACGAGACGCUCGCGUACCGGGAGCGGCGGCGGCGGGAGAGCAUGGAGAGUAAUAACGGCAGCCUGCGGAGCAAGGGAAGCAUGUUCGAGCUACGCGGGGGAGGACGUGGUGGUCCUGUUCCUGACCUGGACGGCAACGGCAACGGCAACGGCAACGGCAACGGCAACGGCAACGGCGCCACGGCCUCGGGUGUGCAUGGGCCCGGAGCCGGGACGCUGGGCGAAUACGAGAAGAAGAUGGGAAGGGGGGGUGUGCUGGGGCAUCCGGACGAGGAGGGCUCAACCCAGUUUCCCACUCUGGCGCAGGAGGCGGCAGAGGAGAAAGAGAUGUUCUCGCGGUUAGUACGACCGCGGGUAAGGUAUGAUGUUGAGGUGGUGACGAAGUUGGUGGUGUAUGCAGGAAUUGCAGGGCUCGGUGUGGAAGUGAUCCCCUUGCUUUUCGAAUUCGUGGGUUUGGGUUCCCUACAUCUUCAGAAUACGGCGUAA